CAGUAUCAUCCACUUUUCUUCUCCCAGUUUAGAGAGAGCGGAUCUAUUCCAUUAUAUCGUAGUCUAGUCCAGUCUAGUUUUACACCUUGGUUUUCUUUAGCAGCAUAGUUUUUGUCAUUGUGCCAGUUUAUAAAACACCUGCUGUUAGCCUACAUGUUGUUGUAACAAAGUCAUGAUGCAUGCUUGAUGUAUGACAGAUGGAGCAUAUUUUUUUCAGGGCUUUGACUAUUAGCAUUAUUGUUCUCCAACCUCUUGAUUUACAGCCUGUAUUUACAGUUUAUCAUCCGGACCGGACCAACAACGCGCAGAGGGUCUGUCUGUGUUUCUCCUUCUCCGUUCUUAAAUCUGUUCUCACGGAAACCAAGGCGCGUCAUUUGUCUCCCCUCUACAGUACCUAAUCAGAGCAAUAGACGCUCCAUUAUGUACAGUACAGUCUUACUGCAUGUGAGGUUUUAACAAAUUGCAUUUCAGCAUAUAGGGGGUGUUGCCACAAAGUAGCCCUAUUGAAUGAAUUGAGCUGUUCCACUGUCAACCCCACCAGGGCCCGAUGAAGACAGCCUCUCAUCAAUUCUACUCCCCACGCUUCUCUUCUUCACGAUGGCCGCCCCGGACAUAGACAUCUUCGCUAAUGAAGAGAAGCGUAGCCUGGAGCUGGGCGGCCAUGUUGGAUUUGACAGUCUUCCAGACCAGUUGGUCAGUAAAUCAGUCACACAGGGAUUCUGCUUCAACAUCCUGUGUGUCGGUGAGACAGGGAUAGGGAAGUCAACGUUGAUGAACACGCUGUUCAACACACUGUUUGAGGCCGAGGAGGCCAGCCACUACCAGAACGGUGUGUACCUGCGGCCCAGGACCUACGACCUGAAGGAGAGCAACGUUCAGCUUAAACUGACCGUAGUCGACACCGUGGGGUUCGGAGACCAGAUCAACAAGGAGGAGAGCUUCAAACCCAUAGUGGACUACAUCGACACCCAGUUUGAGACUUACCUGCAGGAGGAGAUGAAGAUCAAACGUUCCCUGUUCGACUACCACGACACCAGGAUCCAUAUCUGUCUCUACUUCAUCGCUCCCACCGGACACUCUCUCAAAUCACUGGAUCUGGUCACCAUGAAGAAACUGGACAGCAAGGUAAACAUCAUCCCCGUCAUUGCCAAGGCAGACACCAUAUCUAAGAGCGAGCUGCACAAGUUCAAGAUCAAGAUCAUGUCAGAGCUGGUGAGCAACGGUGUUCAGAUCCACCAGUUCCCUACUGAGGACGAGGCUGUCACCGAGAUCAACUCCUCUAUGAAUGCCCAUCUGCCCUUUGCUGUGGUGGGGAGUGUUGAGGAGGUUAAAGUGGGUAAUAAGAUGGUGAAAGCGAGACUGUACCCCUGGGGAACUGUACAGGUGGAGAACGAGAGCCACUGUGACUUUGUGAAGCUGAGAGAGAUGUUGCUGAGAGUGAAUAUGGAAGACCUGAGAGAGCAGACUCACGCCAGACACUACGAGCUCUACAGACGCUGCAAACUGGAGGAGUUGGGAUUCACAGAUACAGACCCCGACAACAAACCCUUUAGUCUGCAGGAGACAUAUGAGGCCAAGAGGAAAGAGUUCCUGGGGGAUCUGCAGCAUAAGGAGGACGAGAUGAGACAGAUGUUUGUCAACAAAGUGAAAGAGACGGAGGCAGAGCUGAAAGAGAAGGAGAGGGAGCUCCAUGAGAGGUUUGAGCAGCUGAAGAGGAUGCAUCAGGAGGAGAAGAGGAAUCUGGAGGAGAAGAGGAGCGACCUGGAGGAAGAGAUGAACGACUUCAACAGGAGGAAGGUGGCAGCUGAGACGCUGAUGGGUCAGUCUCUACAGGGAUCCUCACAACUGUUCAGAAAGGACAAGAAGAAUUGAUUCAUGGCCGCGCAGCAACAUCAAGCAACCAGGAAUGUGUAUCUUCAUCACCAUGGGAACAAGGGACAUAUUUUAUCUUCACUUAUCUUCAGGGACUAUUUUCAUUCUGAAAUUGUAUGAAUGGCCUCAAUGACACACACCUCUUUUACACUACAUGUGAGAGAGCGAGUGAGAGAGAUGUGUGAUGAUGACAAGCUGGCUGUGAACCGCUAUGUGUAUUCAAGGAUCAGAAAAGUGACCACACACAGUGGACUUUAUGAAUACGUCCCAAAUGGCACCCUAUUCCUUGCGGUAUAUAGUGUACUACUUUUGACCAGAAACAAUAGGGUGUCAUUUGGGACACCUUUAUCUCCAGUGCUGACUCCACAAGACGUGUGAAAAGAAAAUCUGAACUCUGUUUUGACAACUUAUGCAUAUGUUGUUUUACAUUCUUGGUGUGAACGUGUGUCCAUCUAUCAUGGGAAAUGUACUUGUAUACUGUAUAUGAAUAUAUGCAUAUUAAUACUAUAUUAGUUUUUUUUUAUAUAUAUUAAGAAGUAGUUUAUGAUGCUGUAGCUAGUUAGAGUACAGUAUAUUUAAUAAUAAUUUAUUACGUUUCUAUAGCGCUUUUCAUAGAAUCUCAAAGAGCUUCAAAAACAAACAAGUAAUAUAUAACAGCCUCCACUCUUCUGGGAAGGCUUUAACCCCUUAUUUUUCGGCACUAAACAGUCGCUCUCUAUACAUACAUACAUACAUACAUACAUACAUACAUACAUACAUACAUACAUACAUACAUACAUACAUACACACGAUCGACCAAAAGUAUGUGGACACCUGCUCGUCGAACAUCUCAUUCCAAAAUCAUGGGCAUUAAUAUGGAGUUGGUCCCCCCUCUGCUGCUAUAACAGCAUCCACUCUUCUGGGAAGGCUUUCCAUUAGAUGUUGGAACAGUGCUGCAGGGACUUGCUUCCAUUCAGCCACAAGAGCAUUAGUGGGGUUGUGCACUGAUGUUGGGCGAUUAGGCCUGGCUCGAAGUCAACAUUACAAUUCAUCCCAAAGGUGUUUGAUGGGGUUGAGGUCAGGGCUCUGUGGAGGACAGUCAAGUUCUUCCACACCGAUCUCGACAAACCAUUUCUGUAUGGACCUCGUUUUUUGCAGGGGAGCAUUGUCAUGCUGAAACAAGAAAGGACCUUCCCCAAACUGUUGCCUCAAGGUUGAAUAUAAUCAUCUAGAAUGUCAUUGUAUAAUGUAGCGUUAAGAUUUCCCUUCACUGUAACUAAGGGGCCUAGCCCGAACCAUGAAAAAUUGCCCCAGACCAUUAUUCCUCCUUCACCAAACUUUACAGUUGGCACUAUGCAUUGGGGCAGGUAGGGUUCUCCUGACAUCCACUAAACCCAGUUACGUCUGUCGGACUGCCAGAUCAUGAAGCGUGAUUCAUCACUCCAGAGAACAUGUUUCUACUGCUCCAGAGUCGAGUGGCGGCGACCUUUAUACCACUCCAGCUGACGCUUGGCAUUGCACAUAGUGAUCUUAGGCUUGUGUGUGCCUGCUCGGUCAUGGAAACCCAUUUAAUGAAGCUCCCAACGAACAGUUAUUGUGCUGAUGUUGCUUCCAGAGGGAGUUUGGAACUCGGUAGUGAGUGUUACAACCGAGGACAGACGAUAUUUACGCGCUACGGGAUUCAGCACUCCGCGGUCCUGUUCUGUGAGCUUGUGUGACCUACCACUUCGUGGCUAAGCCGUUGUUGUGCCUAGACGUUUCCACUUCACAAUAACACUUACAGUUGACCAGGGCAGCUCUAACAGGGCAGAAAUUUGACAAACUGACUUGUUGGAAAGGUAGAAUCUUAUGACGGUGACACGUUGAAAAUCACUGAGCUCUUCAGUACGGGCCAUUCUACUGUCAAUGUUUGCCAGGGUGUGGCUGAAAUAGCCAAAGCCACUAAUUUGAAGGGGUGUCCACAUACUUAUGUGUGUAUGUGUAUAUACACUACUGGUCAAAAAUUUUAGAACACCUACUCAUUCAAGGGUUUGUCUUUAUUUUUUUACUAUUUCUACAUUGUAGAAUAAUAGUGACGUCAUCAAAACUAUGAAAUAGCACAUGGAAUCAUAUGGUAACCAAAAAAGUGUUAAACAAAUCUAAAUAUAUUUUAUUUUUAAGAUUCUUCAAAUAGCCACACUUUGCCUUGAUGACAGCUUUGCACACUCUUGGCAUUCUCUCAACCAGCUUAAUGAGGUAGUCACCUGGAAUGCAUUUCAAUUAACAGGUGUGCCUAAAGUAAAUUUGUGGUAUUUCUUUCCUCCUUAAUGCGUUUGAGCCAAUCAGUUGUGUUGUGACAAGGUAGGGGGGUAUACAGAAGAUGGCCCGAUUUGGUAAAAGACCAAGUCCAUAUUAUGGCAAGAACAGCUCAAAUAAGCCAAGAGAAACAACAGUCCAUUACUUUAAGACAGUCAAUACGGAACAUUUCAAGAACUUUGAAAAUGUCUUAAAGUGCAGUCGCAAAAACCAUCAAGCCCAAUGAUGAAACUGGCUCUCAUGAGGACCUCCACAGGAAACGAAGACCCAGAGUUACCUUUGCUGCAGAGGAUUAGUUCAUUAGAGUUACCAGCCUCAGAAAUUGCAGCCCUAAUAAAUGCUUCAAAGUUCAAGUAACAGAGACAUCUCAACAUCAACUGUUCAGAGGAGACUGCGUGAGUCAGGCCUUCAUGGUCAAAUUGCUGCAAAGAAACCACUACUAAAGGACACCAAUAAUAAGAAGAGACUUGCUUAGGCCAAGAAACACAAGCAAUGGACAUUAGACGGGUGGAGAUUUUGUCCUUUGGUCUGGAGUCCAAAUUGGAGAUUUUGGGUUCCAUCCGCCGUGUCUUUGUGAGACGCGGUAUUGGUGAACGGAUGAUCUCUGCAUGUGUAUUUCCCACCGUAAAGCAUGGAGGAGGAGGUGUUAUGGUGUGGGGGUGCUUUACUGGUGACACUGUCUCAGAUGUAUUUAUAAUUCAAGGCACACCUUACCAGCAUGGCUACCACAGCAUUCUGCAGCGAUAUGCCAUCACAUCUGGUUUGGGCUUAGUCCCACUAUCAUUUGUUUUUCAGCAGAACAAUGACCCAACACACCUCCAGGCUGUGUAAGGGCUAUUUGACCAAGAAGGAGAGUGAUGGAAUGCUGCAUCAGAAGACCUGGCCUCCACAAUCCCCCCGACCUCAACCCAAUUGAAAUGUUUUGGGAUGAAUCGGACUGCGUAGUGAAGGAAAAGCAGCAAACAAGUGCUCAGCAUAUGUGGGAACUCCUUCAAGACUGUUGGAAAAGCAUUCCAGGUGACGCUGCAAAGCUGUCAUCAAGGCAAAGGGUGGCUAUUUGAAGAAUGUCAAAUAAAUAAAUAUUGAUUUGUUUAACACUUUUUUUUGGUUACUACAUGAUUCCAUAUGUGUUAUUUCAUGUUUUUGAUGUCUUCACUAUUAUUCUACAAUGUAGGAAAUUGUACAAAUAAAGAAAAACCCUUGAAUGAGUAGGUGUUUUGACCGGUAGUGUGUGUGUAUACAGUGUAUGUACACAUUUUACAGGAGCUCUGUGCUUAGGCUGCUAUUAAGGCUUUAUGGCAACUAUACUAUGCAAUAAGGGUGAAAGCUACCAUUCUGUGCAAUUUAAUUAAAUAUGCAAAGGUAAAAGGAGCUAUGGCAUACAGAGCUGUAGGACAUGUCUCUGACGGCUGUUUUUUCUCUGAAAUGUUACUGUUAAAGGGAAAGAGGAUAAGACCACUGUAUGCCUUUUCAUUCCAAUAAAGAAGUAAAACGGUGUUCACUUGGGCCGUGUAUGCAUUGCUCUGGGACUUCAGAAGGCGAAUCAUGGUUUUAUCAAUGCUGUGUAUAUAUAUAUAUAUAUAUAUAUAUAUAUAUAUAUAUAUAUAUAUAUAUAUAUAUAUAUAUAUAUAUAUAUAGCCUAUAAUGAAUGUAGAAAUCUAAUUCCUGAGUUUUACCAGCCACACUGAUCACUUCUCUGUCCUGUAUUGCUUGGCUGACGACUCAAACUGAAUUUUUCCGCUGCUCUAUCGUUCCCUACAUAGUUCAGUCUGAGACUGCCGUCAUUGAAGUCGUUUGUGGUGACGUCAAAAUGAGGGGUGUUGUACAACACAUAGUCAUCAGCGAUUUGUAUCAUCUCUAACCAAUCAGAGUAUCAAAGCCAAUGACACAUUUUAAAAACACUGCUUUAACCAAGUGUGUUCUGGCCCAACACAUCGGUUUCAGGGACCAAUCAGAAAUCCAUUCUAGACAUCGUCUGGGAGUUACUCAGAUCCAGACUCAUUGCUGAGAGGAAGCUAACGUCUGUGGGCGUGGCGUAGCAUUUGGCCGGCGCAAGGAGGUUGGGUAGCCAGGCAACUGAAUUGCAUGAUCAGAUGUAGUAAGGCAUCUUUAAAAUACCCAAGACCUGGUUGACUGUGAUGUUACCCAAGACCUGGUUGACUGUGAUGUUACCCAAGACCUGGUUGACUGUGAUGUCACCCAAGACCUGGUUGACUGUGGCGUUAACCAAGACCUGGUUGACUGUGAUGUUACCCAAGACCUGGUUGACUGUGAUGUUACCCAAGACCUGGUUGACUGUGAUGUUACCCAAGACCUGGUUGACUGUGAUGUUACCCAAGACCUGGUUGACUGUGAUGUUACCCAAGACCUGGUUGACUGUGAUGUUACCCAAGACCUGGUUGACUGUGGCGUUAACCAAGACCUGGUUGACUGUGAUGUCACCCAAGACCUGGUUGACUGCGGCGUUAACCAAGACCUGGUUGACUGUGGCGUUUGUGGGUCAAAGUUUUUUUUUCUUUCUCCCAACCCUGCAUUUCCCCUACCAAUUACUUUACUCUGUUUUUAUUUUGUUUUUAUUUUAUUUUAACCUAAGUGCUAGUCUGUUUGUGCUAUCAUGCCUACUGUAACAUGUAUGUAUGGCUUGACAAUGAGCAGUGGACUAUACAAGAGCACAAACAGGUUUGUUACCAGGCUAGUUUUUAUUUCUCCACUAAGCAUGGGUUAUCGGAGUUACAUAAGGGAGAUUUUGUUUUAUUGUUCCCAGGCAAUGAAUCAAUGAAUAGCAGGUAUUGUCAUAGUAUUAACCUGCUUCAAGCGAGGGGUAAUUAUGUAGUGAUCAAUUAGUCUAGUGAUUGGCACAUGCAAAAUACUGGUCCUUUUUAAAAUACUAGCUAACUUACAGCCUACUUUUAGUUAUAUAAUCUUCAUGUCCAUAAAUGUACAGUACACAAUUCCAAUUGAGUAUAGGUUCAGAGAAUGUCACGGUAGUAUAGUUUGUCAAGUAGUAUAGGCUAAUGUUCUGUUCAUGCAUUAUGACUUUCCUGGGCAUGCAGUGUGUGUGCUCCUGUAUGCUAACCUGCCUGCUUGUCUCCUGUUCAAAUCAAUGACCUGAGGUUUUUCUUUUCUUUUCAUAGCUUCUUUAGUCUUCCGUCUGCGUGCUCCCUAACAUCAGGAAGGAAUUUAAAUUAGAAGACUGACUUUCUACCACGCCAAAAGGAUGGCUGUUCUAAUCUUCCCCUAUUGACAAUUAACAAUCUAUUGAGCUUACUAUUUUUUACAGUGUGAUAUCGAAGCUACAUUUUGUAAAAAUCCUUUGUGCAUCCUAAAUUGGCACCCUAUUCCCUAUACUGUGCACUACUUUUGACCUAAGCCUCUGGUCAAAAAUGGUGCAUUACCAAGGGAAUAGAGUGCCAUCUGGGAUGCAGUCCUUGCUGCUCCUUCCUGAACUCUUCAAGUGAUGUUCUUACCUAAUACCUAGUCUUGGAGUCUUCCAUACAGCUCAGCAUAUUAGUACACACGUUCUCUAAUAGUCAGAAAGUAUAUAGGCUAUCUAUAGGGCUAUAAAGUAGUGCACUAUAUAGGGUGAUAUUGGGGAUGCAACUAUGGUUCAAUAAAAGCUGAUGCUCUAUAGCAUGCUUCUCUGCAUGACAUUUUACACAUGACUUUCUUCAAGAAGCAUAAGAUAACUAGCCGAGGUGCCAGUCUGUUUCUGUUCUAGAAAGCAGUUGGUAAGAGAGCAGUAACCGACUGGCAUUCAGGCUGCAAGACAACAAUUUUCAGAUUAAAAUCCCCGCAGAGUUUAUCAAGUAGUUCAUUAGAUUAACAAAUGUGUUUUCCACGCUGUUGUCCGGGUUUUACACUGACUGUUCUAUGUAUUUGACUAGUGACUCGUCUUAUUCCACUGAAAAUCUGUACGAGUUUUAUUAAGGAUGCUGCAACCUGCACGAAGUUGUUACGGUUGUCUAUUAAUAAGAAAUAACUUUAUUUAACAAACUGUGACUUUGUGGAAUAUGAUCUAUGGAUUAGUAUACCUAUUUAAAUAAAAUAAUAGUGAUAUUUGUGCUAUGGUGGUUGGGAUUGUAUAAUUUGAUGGCUAAAGAUUAACCACCAAGGUGUAUUGUUGAAUUUGUCUGAAAUUAAGAACAAUAUUCCAGCAGAACAAAAUGAGCUUCUUUCAAUUGUAUUUGAAAUUACACUAAAACUACAAAAUAUAAAUGUUAUCCUAAAGUGUCCAAGAUUAUAGUUAAACAAUCUUUAAAUAAGUUGUCUUAUAAAAGUGAUUGAUUAUACCCUGUCUCGUAUAGAUUUGUAUUUGCUCGGCUAUUAAUAAAGCUACUUUGAGAAAUGUC